CGAGCGGCGUCGGGACGUCGAGCGUCGCGGCGCGCCGUGAAAACCGUGGCACGACGGCGUUCGAGUCAGUCUGCGUCCGCCAGUCGUCGCGACGUCCUCGCAUCGCAGUGACUUGCGCCAAAUUUUCCCGUUUCGUACGUGUUACACUUCCACCGACACCCCACCAAACAAAGGAUAACACAAGAGCACGCCGAGCUCGAGGUGUACGAAAGCAAAUCGAGAAAAAGGAAAUUCAAGGGAGAAAAUAAACUCAACGUGUUCGUUUUUUUAUUAUCGAAAACGGUCGAGGGAGUCGUGUUCCGAGGAAUCGCGAGAAGUCCGUAGUUUCUGGCCAGAGUUUCCUGUCGCUGGAACCGAUUGCCAAAGGGGGUGGCCAGCCGGAGUGUCCUUUCAGAGUAUCGAGCCCGGUGAUUUCGAAAGGAUUUCCUGGACAACCGCGCGAUUACGCUCGACCUUCGCUGUACACAGGGUGCCACGAGGACACCGAGCGAAUUAUCCCCGACGUGGUCGCUCGAGGCAGCCGUCGGAGUGCUUUCGGAGGGGGUCACGACGGUCACGUUCGCUAGGAGAAGCCUUCGGUGUCGGUGAACAUCCGCGAGAAUCGGGGAUCCUCGAUUCUCUCGCUCUCUAUCGGCCGGUGUUUCGCUUUGUGCUCGCAUUCCGACGCUUUCUCACCCCCGUUUUUCGCACCUGUGCGCUGACUUGGCACCGGGACACGGGAAAGCAACGCCGCGCGAAGAAGAGGAGCCGAGCCGAAAAGGGGUGAGCCAGAGGAAACGCGCGGCGGUCCCGCGAGCGUGACGAAACGAGACCCCUUUCUUCCGAUUUUUCCGGGGCACCGUUGUUUCUUCCCCGCGCGAAUCACGAACGGAGUUUCUGUGCCUGCCGUUGGAUGGAUCGCCGCCUUUGAUACCCGCCUCGAUAUUCGUCCGACCGUACGCCUACCAUUGUUCGGAUCAACUGUGCUGACGACAUCACGGAUUCUCUUUAAGACAUCGAUUGAUAUUGGAGUGCGUGCCGACCGUGCAUGUCCGAGUGCGGUGAUUUACAGAUACCGGCGAUGAAGAUGAGCAAAGUGGGCAACCAGACCAAUUCGCAGGACCCACAGGCGGUGAAUUCCCGGGUUUUCGUCGGGAAUCUAAACACGUUCCAGUGCAGCAAGACCGAUGUGGAGCGAAUGUUUCAACGUUACGGCCGUCUGGCAGGAAUAUCCAUGCACAAAGGCUAUGCAUUCGUGCAAUUCACAAAUCCCUUUGAUGCCCGGAGCGCCUGCCUCGGCGAAGAUGGCCGCACCGUUCUCAGCCAAAUACUCGAUGUCAACAUGGUGGCCGAACCGAAACCACACCAAACUGGACGUAAAAGGCAAAACGUGACUAAGACUGGCAACGAUUGGGACUACUACUAUGACAGUUACUACGCUUCGACUGCUUUUCCACCCCGUUUGGCCCCGCCGCUGAAGAGACCCCGUUUGAUGCCGCCGACUCGGUCGCAGCAUCCGAAGCAACAGAAACAACAACCGGCUGCAAACACAGCGAGUGUUCCGGAUCUGAACCAGCUGAAAGUGUACAGCAAUCCGGAUAUACUGAUCUGCGGCAACUGCAGGGAAAUGUUUACUGACCUGGGGGAGCUGCUCGAACACAAGCGAAAUUACUGCAAGCUGCGGUUCACAUGUAAAUGUCACACCUUCAAUGGGACUGCCCCAAGGGAUUCCACGACAGCUCUGCUCUGCGUUCUGUGCAAGGUAUCCUUCCCCUCAGCAUGGGAACUGAUGGUUCACGCUCAAGCAGCUCACAUGAUCAACAUUUACGAGCUAGGAACUCGACCUCAGAGUCCACGAUCCGCGCCUAGCCCGCCGCACAGUCCAAACCAGCAUCAGAAGGAAUCAUCACCGUCUCCGCAAGACUUUCAGGAGACCAAAGCAUCCGACUGUGAAGAACGAGCUGAAGAGGAGGAUCUGGAUGUGCCUGAGUUAAUACCGUCCCCUGACAGUGGCAAAUCAACGGACAACGAGGCAGCUCUGUCACCGAUUAAAAUUCGAUCUGACGUGAACGGAUUGGAUCACGAAGAAUGCGACGAACUGAUCCAUGUCGAAAACACCACGCAAGCUUGCAUUAUGCACGCCCUCAGCAUUGACUCGUCCUUGGAACUCAACUCUGACACGAACUCGAGGGGAAGUUCUGGCCCAGUCAUGGCGUUGACUAAUGGAUCCUUGUCCGCGAAGGAAUAAGUCGAGAAAGAAUUAGUCAUUGGAACACGGUCUCCCCCUGCCACCUAUCACCCCCUUCCCUCGGUCCUACCCUUUCACCCUUAAAACCCCUUUCUCCCGGACCUAUCCGAAAGCAUCCCCUUAGCCGGGGGAUUCCUGUACCAACGCCACCAACGAGACAUAUCGAUCUCCUUUAAGGAUAACACACACCCGUCUGUAUAUAGCUUAAAUGCCUAACAAAUAAUUCAGGGUCGUCUCGUGCCAGAUCUGGGACCUAUUUUGGCGAAUUUAGUAUCGAUGGAUCUCGAGCCGUUCCGAGGAUUCGACGAACGGGAAUGAUUUAAAGCGUUUCAUCUUUCCCCGCCUUUUUUUCAGUGAAAUCCUCUGUUCUCUUUUCUUCCCUUCUGUUCUUCUUUUUUUCCGUUAUUUGAAUUCCAAGCUAGCGAACGAAUCGUUUCCUUCCGUUUCUCGUCUUUUUCUUUUCCACGUCUUCCCGGGGCGCUUCCAUUCGAAUGAGGACGAUAAAUCGUUCCCGGUUCCGUUCUGUUUUCGGUCGCCGUUAGUCGCGUUCCGGUCUCGUGUUUUCGAAAAUUCUUCCCUCCGCCGAAUGCAAUGACUUCCGAUAACGUUUAAGGAAUAUACGGCACGGAGAUUCUUGUCGGUCGGGCAUUCCGGGCGAUCGAACGCUUCGAAAAUUGCUGGCUGCCGGCGCGGCGGGACCGGGCUCAGUAUGUACUCGCGAAUCCGAGUCACUUUCGAUGCCGGCGCAUCGCGGCUCGGGAAUGUUACCCGCGGAAAAUCAUGUUUCAUUGAUUCCUCGCGUAACCUGGAUCGGCUCGUUUGCCGCAGUUUUCUGCGAGACUAGUUUGCGACGGGAGGCGAUCUUCGGCUGUGUGCUUCGGUGAAAGUGUGGAAAGCGCGUUCGUGUUCUUACUGGUUAAUUUGUAUUUACGAGGAAUUUUCGGGAAAGUGACUAAAUGAACGCGUAUCCAGUGUUUUUGGUCAUGAAUACUGUCUUAAUCUUUGGCAGUGUGUUAGUCGAAGCAUAUCAGAAGUUGAUUUCGUUUUGUGUAUCUAUAUUUGAAAAAUGAGAAAUCAAUAAUAUUUUACUAUAUAAAUGUACAAAUAUUCAAUCAAAUCGAAUCGAAUAAAUAUAUAUAUAUAUAUAUAUAUAAAAAUUCGAAAUUAACGUCUUUUUUAAUAUAAUACUCAUAUUCCCUUAGAAAAACAAAGUCAUGAAAAUAAAUAAUAGCGCUCUACUUCUCACAGGAAGAUGAAUUACCGUGUCACAAUUUAUUUAUUCAAAUUAACAUCAACCGAUAAUGAAUAUUUCGUUAAUAAAGAUUUAAAUUAAUAUGCGCAUACAUUAACCAGUAAGUGGACAUGUUUACUGAAUGAUCACGUUCAUUGCAACACACGUUAUCGCACACAAAGCUCAGAAAAUGUUAUUAACUCCUUGGCUUGUUACAAUGUGUCGGGCUCGUGGCAAAGAUUUUAAACAGAAUUUGGCAAACACAAAUAUUACUCAAUUCUUGUGAAUCCGAAUUACGUAUUAUUCUUUUGUUAUCAAUAAUCAAACUUUAUAGGACACCAUUAAAGAUCUUUCUCUUUUUACAGUAAAUUAUUAGCGACAAAGUAUAAUUCGGAAAUAAAUCGUAGGGCAAGGGGUUAGUAACGUUCGAGUCAGCUUCGAACAGAACACACGAUACGUUCGUGGUAGUAGCGUACACCACGUUUCUUAGCAAUUUUCGAGGUGCUGCAGCCGCGCGACAGCCAUUUUCCUUCGCGUGAGGCGCGUUUCGGUGAUGGCUCGCAACGAUUUGUCCAACGGCUCGCGGCACGAAGAAACAUUUUUAAGUAGACAGCCGCGGAGAUUCUUAAGUAGGGUGCAACAUUAAUGGAUUCUUUUUCCAGCGUCGUUGAGAAAUAGGUGAAAACCAGGCCGUCCGUUUGUGGUAACGUUUUAUGAAAAUUGCAGGUGGAUUGCUCGAGUUGUAGCACGCUGCGUUUCGCACGGGGAACGGGAAUAUUGUUGCCUUGUGGGGAAGGUCGCUUAAUUAAUCAUACGCUUCUUGCAAUUUCUUUAAACGUUUAGCUGCACGUAGCGCCAUUCUUUUGUUCCCUGAGUUACAGCACACCAAAUUCCUGUUGAGAAUGGCCAUUUAACAAGGGCUAACGUUCCAUUCGUUCGAACAUAAAUAUUUGAUAUUUAUAAUUUGAUACGCAACCGAGUACAGCCGACAUUAUCGAAAUUUUGGGAAUAUUCUCUAUCUUUGAGAAUUAUUAUUCGAUUAUCAUACGUAUUAUUAUUUCAUUCGUAAUUACGUUUCUUUGGAACAUGGAAUACAUCGUACAAGAAUUCUAGACUGUACCAAUUUCGAAACAUUGCGGAUUAUUUGGACUUUUUCAGUUGGGUUAUAAGUAACUUAUACUAUGAACGCUAGAGAGCGGUGAAUAAUAAUUUAAAUGAUAAUUAGAGUGCCCUGUAUUUCAGACUGAAAGACAUCUGGAAAAUCAUGACAGAAACUGCUUCUAAUUAAGCGCAAAAAACUUUUCAAUUAAUUUACAUUCUUCCGGCGAUAUCAUCCCGAGCAUCGUGUAAAUAUUUCGUCGACCGCGCGUAAACAACCAGCGAACUCGCCGCGGCCUCAAAACGCCGUUGUAAAUAAAUUCGCUUGCUUUCCAUGAAUCUUCCAGCUCGGCAGUAGAAGUAGAUUAGUUCACGACCGGGCCAACGCUGAUCGGUCAACGCUUGAUCGCCGUUUGGGACUCUGUAAAUCUUCGAGUAAACCUUGAGUUCAACCGUGAAGACGGCAGCCAUUUGCAUGUCAUCGUGAUUAACCCUUUAAGAACGAUCUGUUUCCAAUUUCUAAUUCUUUCAAAUUCUUCUUGAUAAUUUAGGUUUUUUAAUAUUUAUUUUUAACACUUGUACAAUUUUCUUUUUAAUACUUCCUUCCAUAGCCAUUUUACAUUCUAAAAAGUAGGAAAAAUUCUAACUCGCACGUUGACUGCCAUGAGAAUUAAAAAAAUUUAACGAAGAUAAAUUCUAUUAACGAUAAUUAUUGAUUAUUAAACAUAAUUCUUACUUUACAUUAUUAUCUGGUUACUUAUGUUACUAAAUAGUUUCAUUCAACAUCGAUUGUCUUAUUGUAAAUGUUUCUAAACAAUCCAAAAGACCCUGUCAUGUUCGACUACCGUCAAUGUUUUAAACGAUACUUAAAAAGAUAAAGGCUCUGAAAAUCGAUAUUAGAGUUAGCACACCAUUUACCGACGUCAUUCCUGAAGGAUUAAUUACAGGAUCGACGUAAUGUUCGACUGAAACGCUUUAAAUCGCGGGUGGCCCGCU